CGGGGCCGGGGCACGGAUGCCGCGUGGCGGAUACAGAGGGCUGGGCCCAGGCUCGUCUAGUUGCGCUCGGGUAGCUACGCUUUCUCAGGAACGCUGUGAAGGCUGUGGGUGCUGGACCUCCAGACAUGAGCGUGGGCUUCAUUGGGGCAGGGCAGCUGGCCUUUGCCCUAGCCAAGGGCUUCACAGCAGCAGGUGUUCUGGCUGCUCACAAGAUAACGGCCAGCUCCCCAGACAUGGACCAAGCCACGGUGUCUGCCCUCCGGAGGAUGGGGGUGAACCUGACACCCCACAACAGGGAGGCCGUGAGCCGCAGCGAUGUGCUCUUCCUGGCUGUGAAGCCACACAUCAUCCCCUUCAUCCUGGAUGAGAUCGGGGCUGACAUCGAGGACAGGCACACUGUGGUGUCCUGUGCGGCUGGCGUUACCAUCAGCUCCAUUGAAAAGAAGCUGACGGCGUUCCAGCCGGCUCCCAAAGUCAUCCGCUGUAUGACCAACACCCCGGUCGUGGUGCGGGAGGGCGUCACUGUGUAUGCCACGGGCACUCACGCCCGGGUGGAGGACGGCAGGCUGGUGGAGCAGCUCAUGGGCAGCGUGGGCUUCUGCACAGAGGUGGAGGAGGACCUGAUAGAUGCCGUCACAGGGCUCAGCGGCAGUGGCCCUGCCUACGCUUUCACGGCCCUGGAUGCGCUGGCUGAUGGCGGAGUUAAAAUGGGACUUCCCAGGCGCCUGGCAGUCCGCCUUGGGGCCCAGGCCCUUCUGGGGGCAGCCAAGAUGCUGUUGGACUCAGAACAGCAUCCGGGCCAGCUCAAGGACAACGUCUGCUCUCCCGGGGGAGCCACCAUCCAUGCCUUGCAUGUGCUGGAGAGUGGUGGCUUUCGCUCCCUGCUUAUCGAUGCUGUGGAGGCCUCCUGCAGCCGCACCCGGAAGCUGCAGACCAUGGCUGAUCAGGAAACUGUCUCCCCUGCUGCCAUAAAAAAAACCGUACUGGACAAGGUGAAACUGGACCCGUCUGCUGGGGCCUCUCUGUCUGCCUCUGGCCAUGUGAGGCAGGCACCCUGCAGCCUGGUCCCCGCAGGCAAGGAAUGAUUUGUCUGCCCACCUGCCUCCUGCUCUGGUUCGCUCUCUCUUUCUCUCACUAUCCUGCCCUGCUCUUUUUUUUUUAAAGCAGGGGUUUGCUAUGUAGUUCAGGUUAGCUUUGAACUCUCAGUCCCCGCUCUAGUUUCCCAAAUUCUGGGAUUGUGGGAGUGUCAGCAUACUAGGCUUGAUGUUGCCAAGAUUCGGACUUAAGGGCUUCGAGUGUGCCCUUGUGUCCACCCCACGUGCACACUGCCUGAUCGACUCAGUUCUUUAGUUUCUUCUCUCCUAGCUUGAAGCUUCUGCCCUGGUGUGCUUACCACACAGACACAGAAGAUCCCCAGAGCAUGCCUUUGCCCACAGCCAGGACAGCCCAAGGGUCAGCCAGGAAGGGGACCAUCACUCACAACCCGAGACCUCCAUUUAUACUCAAGUGCCAGUUCAGGACAGGGUGGGUUUCAGACCUCCACCUCUUCAACUUCCUCUGGAGCUUAGGCCUGCAGAGUCUUCACUCUCCCUAGUCCCAGGGUCAGCUGGUUCGGCCGUAGCCCCUUCCUGUGAUCCACUCACAGGGUCACCUGUCCUUUCUGAGGGCCAGCUAGUCCUAGAUAUCUGGUACCUCCUUCCAGGGACUCAAUCCUCUCUCAGAGAGCCCACCAGGCGAUUGGGGAAAACAACCAGAUAGCUGAUGAAACUCCUGAAUACUCACUGAAUACUGUCACUUCUCUUCCUAUCCUUUCAGUUGAAUAAAUUUUUUUCAUAAAA